AUGGCGAACGGUGGAAAGUUCGAGGCUUUGGUGGAUUUGGCAGUCAUGGAGUUCCGGUUGCUGCUUUUGGCGAACGCUGCUGCCACGAUGGACCAGAAAUCCGACGGACUGCGAACGCUACGUUUCGACCGCAUCUGGAAGUGCUACGUCCCCACCGGAAGGAGAAGCUCCCGGAGAAGACGCACCGACUUCGCUAACCUUAUAAUCCGACCAGACACUUCUCCUUCUUCUCUCUCCAAUCCCAUGGCGGUGAACGAUGACGACGAAGAAGAAGACAGGAACAGCGCCAACAAACGGAAGAGGGUAAGAUCCGUGGAAGAAGAGAUCCCGGUGGAGAAUGACGACAGCCCCUCUUCUUCUUCUUCUUCUUCUCUUCAUCCGGUGAGAGAAACGCCGGCUUGGAUAGCAGACGCCAUGCAGAGGAUGAAGGGGCAGGAUGCGAGGUUGGUAACGGAGAAGACGCUCACUGCCAGCGACGUCAACAGAGGCCUUUCCCGCCUCUUGAUACCUUUCACCGCAAUCGUGGAUGAAGAUUUCUUGACGGAGGAGGAGCGUAGAUGGAUGGACCAACGGUACGAAGAGAACAGGAGGAAGGCUUACGCUGGGUUCAAGGUGGAGAAGAAGUGGAACAAGGUUGUCGAAGCAAACGGGUUCAUGGAAGGGGAAGUGCUCCAGCUCUGGUCUUUUAGGGUUCAAGGAAAGCUCUAUCUCGCUGUCUUUAUCAUAAACUGA